AUGGCUGACAUCAGUGAAAUCAAGGAGAAGCUGAAGGAGCGUCCUGUGACGUUGUUGCUGGAACCACCGAGGGACCAAGAGGCGGAGCCUGUGGAGCCAGUGGAGCCAGAGAACCGAAGCCACCAGGAGCCGCCAGUGCCGGUGCCAGAGGCGCAAGGACCGCAAGGACCGCAAGGACCAGAACCAGAAGGAGCCAUCACCCUGACAGCUACAGAGGGUGGCUUGGGAUUUGGUGUCAGUUGCUUCCCUCCAGCAGAGCAGAUCUUUGUGAAGAAAGUGGACGCUGGCAGUUGGGCGGCGCAGCAUGGUCUCAGAGAAGGCUUUCAGCUCCUCAAGGUCCAAGGCAAAGAUGCUGGCAGCUUAUCCCCUGAAGAGUUCCGUAGUGCCAUGAAGUCGCAACGACCCUUGGAGUUGAGCUUCCUGCCAGCGCCUGAAAGCUCCAAGGAAAGCUCCCAGGAAGUUGCAGAGAAAGCGGCGCAGCCGCCAGAGGCGCAAGCGGUGACAGGCACCGAAAAGCCAGCAGCCGAGACCAAAGAGACCGAGACCAACGAAGUCAAAGCUGAGGAGAGCUCUGCAAAGCAGAUCCAAGAGCCGGUAGAACAGGAGUCGAAAGAUGGCGACGAACUUGCCACUCUGAAGAAGAAGUUGGCUGAGAGCACAGAAGAGCUGCAGAGAGCUCAAACAGAACUUUCUCAGGCACUGAAGAAGAGUGAAACCAGCCAAGAGCAGCUGACAAAGUUAAAAGAAGAGCUCGAAACCAAGAAUCGCGACCUCAAGGAGCGGCAGGAGCUUUCGGCCGUGAAUGAAGAAGAGACUAAGAAGGAGAUUGCUCAACUGAAAGAACAAGUAGCAGCACAGGAGGAAGAACUGAAGCGAACCAAAGAGGACGUGCAGACGGCCAGGGCAAACAAAGAGAGGCGGAAAAGCCAAAACCAAAGCAUGGAAGCGAAGUUGAAACAACAAGAGCCACAAGACGCAGCGAUUGCUGGUGCUGAAGAUGACUUUGCGAAGCGCGUUCGGGAGUCCGCAGAAGUCCGAGAUCUGAAACGACAAGUUGAGUUGGAGAUCCAGACCCUGCGGAGUGAACUCGAAGAACUGAAAGCGCAGGUGGGCUCUAUGAGAGGUUCUCUUAGGGGUUCUUUCGCAGAACUCCCAGGGGCGUCCAGUUUCAAGCCGCUGAAUGCAGAGGCUACGACAGUGAUGGAGGCGAAUGACGUCAAUCUCUUCCGAGCAGCGCAGCCUUUGCUGCGGCCGAACACUGAGAAGCGGGGCCAGGCAGUGCAAGCAGUCGAGGUCGCCCUGCAAAAAGGAGCAUCUCCAAACAGCUGGCAAGGUCCCGGCUCCCCUCUCCAAGCUGCGGUCCAAGCGCGUGCGCCCGAUCUGGUGAAAUGUCUGCUGAAAGCGCACGCAGAUCCAGGCGAAAUCGAUGCGCACGGUGUAAGUUUGCUCCAUUUGGCAACCUUCCAUGGAGAGGCGGAGGUCAGCAAGUUACUGCUGGAAGCGAACGCGAAUCCCAACGUCACAGACCGCUAUGCGCAGACGCCCAUCUUUUUCGCACCUACCAGGCAAGUUUGUAUGACGCUGCACAACUUCAAUGCUGAUGUCAAUGCCAUGAACAGCAAAGGGCAAUCACCUUUGCAUUUGGCGGCGAAAGCUGGCCUGGGAGAUGUGAUGCACUGGCUGGCUGCCAAGGCAAGUCCAGAUGUUUUGUCGUCUAAAGAUGCCAACGGACAGCGUGCAGCAGAUUACGCCAAAGCUGCAGGGCUUCGCAUGGGAAAACUUGAAGGACGGACGGCCAAAAGCCCACGGCCGCCGACUUCACCGACGUCGCCAAUGUCGCCAACUUCUCCGGCUCGGUCGCCCUGCGGAGCUGCAAGUCCACAGGAGUCGCGCUCGGGCAACGGCAGACAGGGUCCUUUUCGGAUCGCUGAGCCCAGUAAAUAG